CUGCAGCCCACGUGAAUUUAUCUUCAAGAAAAGGUUUGUUUUUCUUUGUCCCAGUUGUUUCGAAACUUGUUAACAGAUUUAUUAUAGCAUAGAAUAAAUAAAUAAAUAUGUUUCGAAUUCCUGGCAAAGAAGGAACUCCUGCAGAAAAAGAGGUAGAAAAGAAGAAAGCUCGGCAACAAACAAAACAACAGUUUCUGCUCUUUGUUGGUAUAGUCCUCACAUUGAAAAUUGUUCCCUACGUCAUCGAACAACUUCAAUGAAUCGUUCAUUUUUGGGAUUUCAAUCCAUGAAUCACACGUUGGUGUAAAUAAGAUAUAUUUUUAAAAUUAAAGAAAUACAUUUUCGCGAAACGUUGAUGUUAUUUUAUUAUCAAUUUUUCGAAACGAAAUCUAUCAAGAAUUGAUCAGCUGGUGUUUUCCCCUGGAAUAAAUUCUGAUACAUAGUGCCAUUAGAAGCGCAAUUUUGUGUAGAUUAACAUGCUAAAAGCCUCAGUCCUUAGCCUUUGGGAAAAUUUAAUGUUCCUCUGCCUGAUAAGCCCUGUGCUUUUUGCAAAGAAAUUUACAAAUAAAAAAAAAUAAGAAAAUUUAAAUUGGUCCUAUUGUGAAAUGCUCCGGUUUAUUUAAGACUGAGAAAGCUGCAGGAGUUUCUCUCAUAUCUGAGAGUCACCUGGUCGACAAAAUUUAAUGACAAUAGAAAAUUAGACUCCUUUUUAACAGAUUCUCACGAAUGCUUAAGGAAAACCGACAUUUCCAUUGCUAUCAUAAAUCAUAAAAAAAUUUAACAAAAUAACUUUUUGGGGGAGAACUUUUUUCCAAAUUUGGCGUUUUUUUGUCAAUUUCGCAGAAUUCAAAUUUUGAGCAUUUAGUUUAAAAUAAAUUCCCGUGACAGUUUUUGAUAGAUAUACUUCGCGAAAAUUCACUAAUUGUACCGCUAUAUAUUAGAUGCUAGAGCCAUUAAUGCAGAAAAAAGCAAAUUUUGUUAAAAACGUUUUGAAAACCCACCCUUGCGGCUUUCGCCAGAAUCAUUUAUUAGCAAAUCAGGUCACCGCAAACUUUUAAUUCCCGCAAAAAGUUGAAAUCGUUUAAUUCGUAAAUAUUAGCUUUAAACUACAUUUUACGAAGUUUCCUGUUUCAUGCGCAAUUUUUCUUCAACACUAAUUUUGGACAGAUUAAUUACUUGUAAAUUAAUUUUUUUUUUCUUUUUUUACGGGAUUUAGUUCGCUUCUAACAAAUAAGCGUUAGGUAGCUAUGGCAACGACGAUAAACCUCAUGGUAAUAAAGAAGCCGAUAAAACCGAAACCGCUAUUAUACCGAAAAUGGGUCGAACCUAACUCACAUAUACACUUCGCUGAACAUUAUAACUCAAUACCGAUACAUGCUCUGGUGAACAAUUAAUUAAAUACCAUGAAAUGUGUUCUAAAUGUUGAUAUGAAAUAUCAAAAUAAAGUUUAUUUGGUAAGAUCAAUAUGAAGAAAUAAAAAAUAAAAAUUAAGGAUGUCCGAAGAGGAGAAAACUCCGUUAGUUUCUGCCGAAGAACUUGCGGAGGAAUCGCAUGGUGAAAAAGAUGGCACCAUAGAAGCAAAUGACAAUAAUAAGAAAUCUAACAACGAAGAAGGUGAAAAUGUUGAAGCAGAAGCAGAGGAACUGACCACAGUCUGCGAAACAUUUUGGAACAUAUGCAAUACUAUACAGGGUCUGCCCAUUUUGGCGAUACCCUACACCUUUAAGUCUGGAGGGUGGUGGUCAUUGUUAAGCCUAAUGAUCAUUGCCGUCGCUUCUAAUUAUACCAGUAACGUCUUAGUGCGUAGUUUAUACGAAAUAAGGGAUGGCGAAAAAGUUCGAGUGCGUAACAGCUACAUUGAAAUUGGUACAGCAUUUUGGAAAAGUGGCGGGAAAUCUUUAGUUCUGAUCACCAUGGUGAUAGAGCUGGUAUUUGUAUCAACAAUGUAUCCUAUUUUGGUGGGUGCAAUGUUCUCAAAGUCAUUUCCUGAUGCCAGUGUGCCAUUAUGGGGAUGGACAAUGAUCGGCGGGAUAGCGUUAUUACCAAAUACGCUGUUAAAAAACUUGUCGCAGGUCGCUUGGACCAGCAUUAUCACCGUCAUGAGCGCAAUGAUAAUUUUCGUCAGCAUAAUGAUCUAUAGUUUCACACGUGUUGCUGAGUGGGAAAUACAAAACAUGAGUAACUUCGAACCGCAAGAAUUUCCAGCCGCGUUGGGCAUAUUAGUCUCCUGUUACUUAGCCCAACCCUUCGUACCGUUCAUAGAAAGUACGAUGAAGAAACCCGAAAAAUUUAGUUCAACGUUAAAUUAUUCUUUUAUAGCAAUGACUGUACUUAACGUCGUCAUCGGUUUUGUCGCUGCAGUGACAUUUUACCCAGAUCUUGACGAAGUCGUGACGAAUAACUUACCGGAGGGAAUUUUCCGACAGGUUGUAAACGCAAUGGCGGCCAUUUUAGCAUUUACUUCAUAUACAUUACCGAUGUUUACUAGUUUCGACAUCAUUGAGAAAUCAAACUUGCCUUGUGUUCCGUUAGGCUUUGGAGACAACAUAUAUAAAUGUCCUGUUCAGACACUCCGCUUAGGGCUAGUUUUGAUCACAAUCUUCAUGGCGGCUUUUAUUCCCAAAUUUACUUACUUGUUAGCUUUUGUGGGAAGCAUCACUGGAAUAACAUUGGAAUUCAUUUUUCCUGCUUUGUUUCACAUGAAGAUUUACUGCGCGCAUCUUAAAUGGUAUGAGUUCGCAAUGGACAUAGCCAUUGUGUUUAUUGGCGUGCUGAGUAUGACUAUCAGUUUGAUUGUUUCAUGGGUGUCUAUGUAUUCGUGCUUCGUGUAUGAAAAAUGUUAAAAUGUAGCUUGUUCAGGUAAUAGUAUUCAUCGCUAAAAGCAGAAAAUAUAGUAACGCUAAUUUUUAACUAACGAAAUGACGGCAGACUUCUGAUAAGAAAUUUCUUCGAUCCUUCGAUCAAAAUUUUUCACUUCUGAAUUCGUCACUUUGUCUCCAACGAAAAGAAUGUUUUAAAUUUUUAUGUACCCGGAAUAGAAAAAAAUUACGAAAUCGAUCGUUCGAGUUCAUUUCAAAAAUUUAACGCAUCAAGUGGAAGCAGAUACCAUGUGCGUAAAUCCAUGCUUUACAGUUACAGUGAAAGGGCUGUCUUUCCAAAUUCAUAUUUGAUCAAUAAAAGUGUGUUGUCAACCAAACUUCCCCAAAAAUUAUUAUGUUUUUUAUGUUAGGGUGCCGCUAAACAAAAAAGGCUGAAAUGCCCCAGGAAGGUUAGUCAAAAACAUCUUAAACAUUAGUUACCGACCCAACCUCGACCUCAGGGCUCCUUUAACCUAUCGUAAUAUCAUUGGCGUAGAAAAAAUCUCUGGGGACGAGGUUGUUACCGAUCUCUUCUUCUCCAUUCCCAAAAAAUAUUUAAAUUUUGUCUGAGUUUGGUUUAACUUUUGUUACGUCAAAUUGACGUUGGUCCACUAAGGCCUAUCGAUCAGUACAGUAAUUUUUUAGGUUUUAUAACUCAGCGAAACUUUGUAAAGCCUAAGCAAAAAAUCCUUUUUUCAAGGUUCCGCGUUAUUGAUCACUUUUUGAAAGUUUAUUAUGUAAAUAUCAAACGCAUACAUUAUAUGUUAUAAAUAAAUAUUUGUACAUAAAAAAA